CUCCGGUGAUCAGACACUGUGAGAGAGCAACUGGAGAGAGAGGGAGUCUAGCAGAGGAGAGUGACAGUUAGAGACAUGGCUGACAGAUCUUCACCUAUCAGAGUUGGAAUCGUUGGUUACGGUCAUUUGGGGCAGUUUCUGGUGGAGCGGAUCCAGAGAGAGGGACAGAAGGUUGGUCUUGGUCUGGCGUUCGUUUGGAACAGAAAUGCAGAGAAACUCAGAGGAUCCAUCCCUGAAGAGCUCAUUUUAAACAAUCUUGCAGAUUUUACACAGAGGGGGGCCGAUGUGAUUGUGGAGGUGUGUCACCCACAGAUAGUGAAGGAAUUUGGGGUCCGCUUCUUGUCACAAGCUCAGUUCCUGGUGGGCAGUCCUUCAGCCCUCUCAGAUUCUCAGCUGGAUCAAGAACUACGCCAAGCUGCAAAGCAUUAUGGGAACACACUCUAUGUGCCUUGUGGUGCAUUAUGGGGAGGACCUGACAUCCAGAGGCUAAACGACAGCGGAGCGCUAAAAGCUCUUUCCAUUCGCAUGUCCAAACACCCCUCUUGCUUUCGGCUCUCUGGGGGUCUGCUCUCUGAUUGGUCGGAGGGGGAGGGGAGGCGGGUCUUGUUCCACGGCUCGGUGGCGGAGCUGUGUCCCAUCGCCCCUAACAACGUCAACACCAUGGCAGCUGCUUCCAUCGCGGCGUCGACGCUGGGGUUCAAAGGAGUCACGGGGGAGAUUGUCUCUGACACAGCUUUGGCAGACUAUCACCUGGUUGAAGUUGAGGUGACGGGUGCAGAUGGAUUCUCAGUGAAAACAGUUAGGAAGAAUCCAGCCAAACUCGGAGCGGUUACUGGAAACGCAACAUACAAUUCAUUCUGGAGCAGCUUACUGGUUUGCAGGGGCCACGGGGGGAGAGUUUAUCUGUGCUAAAAAUGAAGAAGCUGCAGUGAUUAACAUGGCUAAUCACAUGCAGUCUCUCCCUGGACAAAUCACACACAAGCUCUCACUCUGAGC